GUGCGCGUCCAAGCUCAAAUCAAGUGCUGCGCGUCGGCGCAAUAGGUGGGCAUACUUUGAUAAAGCAAACGAAAAUUUACAUCAAACGCGCAAGGCUACAAUUUUGUCUCGCGCAGUGAAGGUGCGCGCUGAAAGUAAACUUUGGAAGGAUAAAAAAAAUUUAAAAAUUUUUUAAGUUUUCAAAUUUGGGUGUAAUAACACGUCUUGAAAGUGAAUGAAUUUUAAAUCUACAAAAAAUAUGCUUCCAACUUUUAAUUUUACCCCUGAGCAAGUAGCCUGCGUUUGCGAAGUGCUACAACAAAGCAAUGACAUGGAGAGACUUGAGAGAUUUCUAUGGUCUCUACCAGACCACGACAGUAUUCAAAAAGAGGUUAGCGUGCUCAAGGCGACAGCUGCAGUGUAUUUUCACCAGGGAAACUUCCAAGAGCUCUAUCGACUUUUGGAGAGCAAUAAUUUCCCAGUAUCUUCUCACAACAAGUUGCAGUCUCUGUGGAUGAAAGCGCACUAUAUCGAGGCGGAGAAAUUGAGAGGAAGGCCUCUGGGCGCUGUUGGCAAGUACAGAGUGAGACGGAAAUUUCCUCUGCCGCGAACAAUUUGGGACGGCGAGGAGACCAGUUAUUGCUUCAAGGAACGCUCAAGGAAUAUACUACGUGAGUGGUACACGCAUAAUCCUUAUCCUUCGCCUCGUGAAAAACGGGAGCUAGCCGAGGCUACUGGCUUGACAACUACACAAGUUAGCAAUUGGUUUAAAAAUAGAAGACAACGCGAUCGAGCGGCAGAAGCUAAAAGCAGGUAGGCAUAAACACUUUUUGCAGUAGACUAACACAAUUCCUCCAAAUGUACGUGUAUAAUUGUAUUGUACACUUAUGAUGGAAGGAUUAUAGUUCACACAAGGUUAAUGCAUGCAAAGAUUUUAACAAUUCAGUUCAUAGCUUUGUUAUUACUGUUUAAAAAUAGACGUCUAAAUGUCUGGGUAACUAUAGCAAGCCAAUAAAUCUAGACUAACUGCCCUUAUGUACAAUAUAUACAAUUAUACAACAAUGUGCAAUAAUAUUGUGUUGUGUUUGGCUCGCAAUGAUCAAGCGCGCUCUGAGACUCAAUCGUUGGGAAUAGUAGCGCGCUUUUAUGUUUAAAUAUAUAGUGCCUUCUGCAAGCUUCAAGAAAUAACGGAAUUCUCAACGACAACUUUUCUAAUUGUAUCUAAACAGACGGCUUACCAGAAUUCGAACAUCCUGAAUUGUCUUUGAGAGGAAGUAAUAAACAAUGUGUUGAGAUAGACGCGAAAAUGGCCGUAAUUACAUUAUGGCCUCCAGAUCUGUGCGUGAUCAACACAGGACGUUCCUUAAUAGUAACUGAACACAUCUCCAUACCUUUGCGCAUUUCACGUGAAUAUCUCUUCAAAACUGCUUCGACGCUUUCCCGUUCCGCGUCACGACGCGACGCGAUGAAACUGAACGCGCUAAUAAUGAUCCCGUAACAUUUAAUACGCGGCAUUAAAACUAUUUGUUUUCGCACGGAUUCUAUUGCAUCGCGAAGAAACCUGAUUUUGGUUUUAUGUCAUAGCCUGUUAUGUAAGGUAAUUUUAUCUGCCUUUCGCCAAAAACGCGCGUUGCAAUUAAGACGGAUGCAGAGAUAAAACGGCCAGAGGCUUGCGCGCAGCACUAUAGGCCAUAACACAAGCGAGCUAAAGCAUUGCAUAUUUUGCGCAAUUUAUUCAAAUGUGUUUACAGUAGCAAUCUUGGGUGACUUGCGCACAGUUAGCGUAAAGGAAAUACAGUUUGUUCAGCCUUAGGCAAAUUUUAGCGAACAUUCUGUUGUGAUAUUAGAUACAGUCGUACAGAUUUUGUUUCGGAAUGCUGGAUUCAAUGCAAUCUGAUAUGAAUUGUGAGGGUAUGAAAAUCUAUAUUAAGCAGCUGGGGUUUGUGUCUGAAGUAGAACUACCCGAAAAAGAUACCAAGUGAUGGUAAAAUAUAUGAUCUAAAUACAAGACUGUACACUCACUAGUUUAACAUUACGAAUUGGUAGCAUUACGAUUUACGGAUCCUUAUUUCAAAAUUAAUGUACAAGAAUUCAUUGUAGUGUAAGUAGCAUUCUACGAUAGGUUGUCGUUGUUUGGAUCUGACCGAUAAAAAGAUUUUAAAAACCUACUUCGACAUUUUGAGCGAACGUUUUCGUGAAGAGCUUAGUUCUACUGUUCUACUAGUAACGUUCCAGCGGAGGGCUCAAACCCUCGACGGAGUUUCUAAUCGUUUUAAAAAGGUUUAAACGCAAACCACGGCAGCUUGUUGUAGAAUACUACCUACACUGGACCCUUGACAUGAUAUGAUAAUUUCAAUUUUUUCCAGGGAUCCGAACAAUAACAUAAUUGACGACGCUUCCUCGCCGAAAUUACACUUGGUCACACGGCAUGGUGGUUUGGAUGGCAUAAAACAAAAUGGCCUGACGCAUGUGGAUUUUCCCUGUCUACCACCUUCGCAUACACCUCAACCCUCGAUCAAACUCGAGAGCCAUGAAAUGCAAAUGCUCGCAGCAAGUUCACACCACGACGCAAUGUUAGCUCAAAAUGUUGCCGAGUUCGCGCAAUGUCUACCGGACACACACAUGUUGAACACACUUACACCUUCGCUUGUUGGACUUUGACUCAAAAAAUUGACAUCGCCUUAAAGGUAUACGGGCAUAAGGGCAUUGGGUUAACAUUAGUUAGUUUUAAGAAAAACUUAAAAUUUAUGCGAUGCUGUAAAAAUCCCAUGAAAGAACCAAUAGAUGAAGACCUAUAGCAGCCUAAAAUUAGGACAAUUUGGCACCUAUGAAUACAAGAGCAACUUCAAGCUGAGAAAUAGGCUGCUUCUUAUAAAACCUAAACAUUUGUACUUUAGAUGAAGUCGAAAAAAGUUUCUGAGGCCAGUUACAAGCUUCUCUAUAUUGAGUAUGUCUUAUUAUACUAGUGCAAGAUAGAGUCUUGUUCACUGCUCAACGUUAUCAGAUUCGGAGGCUUUGAAAUUGCAAUUAUCACUGUAUAAACACUAGUGUAUUGAUAAGAAAUUAAGAAUACAAUUUAAAACACUAAAAGCAGUAAUAAUUGUUUCUGAAAUUAUUAACCAGUAGAAAUUAAAACCAGUCUAGAACCGACCUUGUUUGAUUUCAUAUCAUUUAAUAUAAUCAGUACUGGUUAAGCCAUUUCAGAAAAUACUGAUUCUUUUAUGGGGUUUUUGCUACAAAGUUUAAAAAAAACUAACAACUCCUCGUAGGAGGUUUAAAUUUGGGACCCAAAAUCACACAUUAAUACCAUUUAGUGUUGCGAAAAAUUAGCAAUUUAUGCGUGUAUAUGCGCAUCAUGCAUACAUAUAUAUAAAAAUAUGAUUUUUUUUGUAGAAAUAGGUAGGUUUCGCUAAGCACUAUAAUUGUCUAUAUCGUGCAGCAGAUAGUGGUCAACCAGCUGCAGUGAUCAGAGUGAGAAAAUAAUGUUCAUUCUUUUCAUUAUAUAUAUAUCAUUGUCGUAUAUAAUAAACUUGAAAUUUGUUGUUCAAUUUGCCUGCCUCCUAUACUCUAUACAGUGUGAACAUUUCUGAACGGCGUUGACCAGCAUCUGUCUGUAUCGUAUAAUAUUCCUUCUUAUCGAAACACACCAAUAUGUAAAUAUAGCUAGGAAAACAUCAUGAAAUGAACAAAACAAUGUAAUUAUAUAUUCGCGUGAGAAAUUUGCACUAUUAGAAGGCUAAAAGUCCUUGAUUAAAGCAUUACGACUAAUGAGUAAUGAAAUAUAAUUGCACAACAAUUCCUUAAUGCAAACCGAUUUAACUUUUAUCCUGCAUUAAUGUCGUUCAAUCCACUUAAUUGUUUGCAUUUAAUGGACAUUGUCAUUGUGCCUAAAAUUGUUUUUACUGUUUCAAAAACAACAUUCAAACUUUAAUGUACAUAACUCAUAAGAGAGUGUCUGUCAGAGUGAUCAUGAAUUCACUGUCUUUUCAGAUAUUAAAAUCAAUUAUAUUUUUACGCAAUUAUACAGAGAUUUUUUCGUAAAUAACAAGUCAGC